AUGCAAACACUCUUGGUUGAAGAACUUACGAGACUGGACUGGACUGAACUGAACUCACACGAACUGUUUCGAGCUGCACAGGAUAGACAUUGUUUCACCGCAAUUGUCGCCAAAAGAUCAUGCAUUAGAAGAUGGUACUAUACGAAGAAGAAAGACACUGGAGAGAUCAUAUACGCAAUGAAGAGUUCAUCGCUGUACUAUUGGGCACACUACGACUUCUUCAACAACACAAAACUCGGAGAACCAGUACCAGGAAAGCAGUGCGACGAAGUGUUUGCUUCCUGGAAACAGAAGAAAGGAACUCUGAGGUCCCCUCUCAAUACUCUAGUCUACAAACAGAACCAACCGAGUGAAGAUAUAACUUGUUUGUACCGGUUUGUCACUGACAAGAGACUGUUUGCAAGGGUGAUAUUGACCAUAAAUUGUGUCAAUUUUAAGGAUCAUCCUUAUAAUUCGGGCCCUUGUACAAACUGUCUGGAGGAUCGAGUUGAUAAGUUGGUGGUUUGGGAGCCGGUGACGCCAGGCUCGAAUUCUUCGUAUCCGAUAACUUUGAGUAAAGCCGCUCAAUCUGGCGACGUCACUUGUAUUUGUAAUAGACAAUCGUUCUCAACUCAGAUUAUCUCAAAAAGUGAACAACUGAAUCUUCAGCUAAUCGUAGAUGGCGCUCAUAGUGCGUUGAGUUACUUCAAACAUUCUGCGCCGCUGUUCGAAGCUACGUACGAGUUUGUCCACGGACCUUUGUGUGGACCAGCCAUAAUGUAUCCUGCAACCGAUGGUGAGAUACACUAUCCAUACUAUGAAGCUAUCGGAUUUGUUGAACCACCAAAAUCCAUAAGGUGUAUAUGGGAAAUAAAAAUCAACAAAGACAGAGACCUCUAUCUACACUUCGACAGAAUUAAGUUUAGCUCUAACUCUUGCGAUGAUGGUAUCGUGGACAUCUUCUUGAAAGGAAGAGUAGAUCCAUAUUUGUCACUUUGUGGUGAAAACGUAACUCUAGUUAAAGAUCUUCCUGUCUUAACUGCACCCCUUCUUAGCUUGGAUGGGAAUGAUCCUUCAGUCACAAUUCAGUUUAUUGGUCGCACCUCGCCGACAAGAGCCGCCUUCAAAAUCACCUGGAACGAACUGUUCCACCUGCCGAGGAACGUGGACGGCACUCUGAUGACGUCACGACUCACCGAAGGAGGAAGUCCCGACGUGGAAGGCUGUGAAUUCACCUGCCCGGGUGACCAAGGUCUGUGCAUACCCAGUAGGCUGGUGUGCAACGGAGUGCUCAAUUGUCCGAACACGUCAGAAACCAGAGGGCAUGGUCUUCACGACGAGUCUCCAGAACUCUGCAUACGUGAUACCGACCCAAAAAUCAACUGGUUCUACGUUGGCGCCGCCACCGUCUCCGUGGUGCUGUUCAUGUGCGGGUGCUGCGUGUUCCUGUGCCGCAGGUGCUGCAAGCACUGCUGCGCGCAAGACUAA